CAGAAUGAGACAGCAUAUUGAAGCUAUUCAAGGCGACAGCUUCGAACCCAGCUCGUACAAGGAGCGCGGCUAUGCUCUACGCGGCUCGUUUCGAACGGAUGGGUUUCGGCUCCAACGGUUAGCAUUCAAGCUGAACGAACUCAAUGCGGUCAAGUACAGGCGACUUCCAGAGGCCAAGCUGCCUCCUCGUAUCACUUCUACUCUCGGCGGUACGGACUAUUUUUUGACCGAGAUCAAGAAUGUCGUGAAGACUAAGCAGAAUGUCUCGGAUCUUUGGGGAUGUGGUCCGGAGCAGAUCAGUAUUUUAGGUUUGGAUCUAGGGCAAGCAUUCGUGAUAGGAGCGAGUGCCUUAUUGCUCAAUCGUGAGAGGCCCAAGCUGGACAAAGGAACAGGGACGAAUAUUGCCACCAAGGAAUCAUCUGGAGAGAUAAAGGCCCCCAAGUUUUUCAAUCUUGCUGUCAAUCAGAAAGCGGUGUAUCAGCCUACACGACACUGGAUAGAACAAAGGAAUGACAAAGCAAUCUACGACUCGACAUCUAUCAGCAGCAUCGAGAGCAACUUGCCCCCCUACGCGGCUCUGGAUCAAGCAUCAAAGAUUACGUCGACAAGCUCAAGGAUGUGGAGGCAUAUCUCGAUUCUUUCUACAGCAGCAACAUGGUCCUCAAGAGACACAAGAAGGCCGCGAGACGAAGAGUACAGGCAGAUUGCCAGCCGUCUUCUCAAGCUGGUUGGCGGAUCAAUUGGCGCCAAGAGAGAAGACAGUAACAAGGUUGUGAUCGGCGUGGGUCUCGGGAAGUUUUCUACAAAGGCCAAACUGUCUUCUUUGCACGAGUCGUUCCAGUCGUACUUUGUCUAG